AGCACCACUCUCUUAACCCUUGUGUUGCCUUCGGGUCAAUAUGACCCGAUUCAAUGUUUAACCCUCCUGUUACCUUUAUAUUUACUAACAUAUUUUACCCUUGAGGUCAAUAUGACCCCAGCUAUUAAAAUCUCCAGAAAAUUAUUAGAAUUAAUAUUGUUUUCCAAGUUUAAGUGUGAGGUACUUUAUGUUUGUUUGUUGACUCCCGAAAGAACACCGACAUUAAACAUUGAAUCGGGUCAAAUUGACCCGAAGGCGACAGAAGGGUUAACAUUGUCCGGAUGAGGUGAGGUUAUGAUCAAAUAAAUCAAUUAUUUGCAAUGUCUGGCAAAUAAUUGCUGAAUGAAACAUCCCCAGUUGUGUUAUUAUCCUCAAUAAUCUGCAACGUAUUAAUAUAUUUCAUGUAUUUGUAGUUGAUACGUCCUCGGUUCUAUUACCCAAUUGAAAGAGCUCAUAUCUAAUGUUCCCCGUACAGGCGGUACGCCGUCAUGGCUGCUCCCUCCACAGGCCGCUGAACUCUUCACCUCGUGCGUAACGUCAGCUGCCCGCCUGUCUCUCGGCGUCUCGCCCGUAACCCUCCGAUGAAUGCCGAGCCCCGCCGAAGCUCCGCGACAACGACGUCGGCAUAUCUCGUUCUUUCGUUUUUUCGGCUGCUGCGUGCGAAGGCGAACGAGAAGACAGGAAGAAAAAAGAAAAAAACAGAAGAGAAGAAGAAAGAAAGAAGAAGAAAAAAACGUCUCUCCGCAAAGCAACAAGAAGGAAGAGCAAUGGCGACACUGAAUCGCCAAAUACCAAGUCCGGAUACCUUCCUCUGCGAGCCUCGGUCUUCCUUCGUCAGUGCGGCUAAAUUACGUUUUGUUGACAACUCGUGCUCGGACACCAGCGACACGGAGCUGUACCGCCGCGACGAAGCCGUGAGCCUCGGCAAAGAAGGUGAGGGAGUUGCGCUGACAGAGAUGCUUGGCUACAGAGCUCUGGAGGAUUGUUGUCUUGUUGUCUGCCAUGUCUGCAAUCAGGUGGUCACUCCUCAGGGCAUCCUCACACACUACGAGAAGCACCACGGCUCCCCUGCUCCCUCCAGGAGCCUCCUGGUCCCCAUGAAGCCCAAAGCAGCUGCAGUGGCCCCCGCUGGGGCUCCCGGCCCUCGGGACACGCUGGCCUUCAGGGUCCCGAAAGAUUACCCUCACUCGCGCUUCAGUAAGGCACCUCUCGCGGUCUACCCGCCAAAGGGGGCCCGGAACAUGCCGUGCGUGUCUCUUCCCGUCGUCAGCCUGGAGAAGAUGCCCUGCCUCAGCCGCGCCGACGCCGCAUCACACGUGCGCCUCACCAUCUCCUCUCCCUCCCCCCUCCUCCCUCCCUCCCUCACUCCCCCGGCCUCCCAGCGGUCCAGCGAGAAGCUCGUGAACGGCCGCGGCGCCGGCGGGCCGUGCGCGCCGCGCGCCACCGCCUCCCCGUCCUCUCUGGACGGGGUUAGGGUUAGGGACGGGCGGCUGUCGUCGACGCCGUCUCCUUCCACGCUGGACCGUAAACCCUUCCCGUCACCUUCGCCCUCUCACCGAUCUGGCGCUCUGCCGCCGUCGCCGCCAUUGGAGAAGAAGAACCAAAACGGGACUAAGACUCCCUCCAGGUCGCAGAAAAGACUUUCAGGGAGGGUAUUUGAUCCUAACAAGCACUGUGGAGUCCAGGACCCUGAAACUAAGCGACCCUGCACCAGGUCUCUCACCUGCAAGACUCACUCCUUAACCCACCGGCGAGCCGUCUCCGGACGAAAGAAGCACUUCGACAUCCUCCUGGCCGAACACAAGGGUCGGGCCAAGGUCACCGUGGGAGCGAAGGAGAAAGACGGGGACGGAUCGCUGGGAGGGAAGGAAGGCAGCAGCCCGAGUUUCACGCCACAAGAGGCCCCGAGUCCCAGCAAGCCCCACUGUCCGAAUGGAGGCCCUCUGUCCACGCUGAAGCUCAGGCUGGCGAAUGCACACAGACCCAGGGUUCCAGGCUCCACCACCUCCACCUCCACCUACCGUAGUUCUCUGCCUCCAGCACCAGCACCUGCCCCCAACUCGGAGCCUUCUCCCCACAGUGCGGGGGCGGCAGCAGAAGACGGCGGUCGGCUCUCCAGUGACGAGGGAGACGCAGAGACUCCAGAGGACCCUGACAGACCGGCCUUUCACUCCUCCCAUCGCCACCCAAAGCCUUUAGGGUUGUGCGUAUUCAGCAGCAGGCUCAUGGGACGAGGUCACUACGUGUUCGACAGGCGAUGGAACCGGAUGAGGCUGGCGCUCCACAACAUGGUGGAGAAACACCUCAACGCACAGAUGUGGAGGAAGGUGCCUUUGGCGGCUGAGAGCCUCCUCGCCCUCUCCUCCUCUGGUACCUCCCCCGUCACUUCACAACAGACUCCUUCUCCCUCCUCCAUCGCUUCAUCUCACCUGUCGUCCCCCUUCAACUCCCUCUCCUACCCCACCACACUUCCUCAGUCUGCAUCCAUGGCACGGAUGUUCAGCAGUCGAGACGCUCCGCCGCCCGCCGCUCCGGGUAAAGCCCGUAAUGGCACGCACAGAGCCAGCCGCCCAUCCGAAGACAUGGAGGACUCUGUGGUGGGAUCUAAGAGGAGAGCAAACUCCUCCCACGCCACCUCCUCAUCCUUCUCUCCUUCUUCCUUGUUUCCGACUGUGGAUGAUGUUAGGAGGAACGGCAGCAGCUAUCGGCCAACGUUGCAAGCUUCGGGGGGGGCGGCAGCAAACCCGGCCAGGAAAAGGGGCGGGGCAGGUGGGCUUUGGAGCGGCGGAGAGGACCGGUCGUCCAGAGCUGAUGGGUCUCAAAGUCACAACUCACAGAACAGUCGCGAUCUUGGCACAUCCAGUAUACCCCACUCGCCCAGCAGGGAGCCUGCCUCCGCCCCCCAUCGGCCCCUGGCCAUCCCCUCCGGACCUUUGGCUUAUGGGGGAGGAGCAGAGGGGAGGAAGAGGAGGAGUCCCAGCUCCUGCAGAGGGAAGACCAGCAAGCUGAGUAGGCCGGGCGGGUUGGAGAGCCUCUUUGGGAAUGGGAGCGACAGCGUGGGAAUAUUGGCUUCAGGGCCCGAGUCCCCGAGACGGACUAAGUUGCAUCACUGACGGGAAGCCCGUUGCGUUGGGCAGACUGUUGGGCAGCUGUGCAGACCACCACCGUUUGUGACCUUUGACCUCACCACUCUUCCACUGACUGCGCCAAUCGGACUGCUUCCUCUCGCCGAUGUCACCUCUGCUCAUCCAAUGGCAGUUCAGUUCAACCUGGGAGCCCGGCGGUCACUUCCCCUCUCCACUUUGUAAUUGUGGAUCUUUGGGAUGGAAAGCUGCCUUGCAUCAGCGCGGUCGCCGUCUUUUCCGAACAAAUCCAAAAACUCAUCCUACGAAAAGGGAAUUUGCCUCACGAAGAUGUAAAGGCAUUCGUUUUGAUAUCACUGCUGUACAAUUUUUUUUGUGGAAAACUUGGUUGUUCUGACCAUUUCCCUGGUUGCUGUGUCUGGUCAGCUAACGAAGAGAGAGUGUUUUUUGGGAGUGAGACGGUGAGACUCCUGUAGGACCCAGCCGUCAUCUAUACCAACGUUUUGCUUUUCCUCAGAGAUGGAAGAGAUGAGCAGCUUUCGUUUGGGUUUCGUCAACAUGGCUCCAAUUUUUAUUGAUUCCCUUUUCCACCCCAGCAUGCCUGAGUUCAAAGUGCCUCCUGCUUCAUGGACUCCUGAGCAGUCGCACAAGGACCUGUUCACACGAGGGAAGGGAGAAAAAAACUAAACGUGUGUUACCAACGACGGCGCGUCAAUGCAUUGUAUUUUAAUAUCGGAAGAAAUCCGAUAAUUUUUGAAGAUUUUGUUUUUUCUCCGUUCUGGAUUCAAAUGUUGCAAGAAACAAACGUGGACUUGCAUCCAAACAGGAAUUAUUACUGCGGUGUUGGACCUUUCUUUUUGUUUCUCCAAUAAUGUAUCGUUCCUCAAUGAUGUCGCUAUUCUAACUGAACCUGGAUGUUCGAGCUACAGAGACUUUUUGAGCAAAAUAAAUCCUUUCUAUGGCAUUUUUAAGAAAUGCUGAAAGUAUUAUAAUGGAUCAUACUGUUGAAAAUGUGUACAUAUCUGUUAUUAUGUUUGUAUUUAUUAAUAAUGGUCCCCUUUGACACAAUAUGAGCCCAACAGAGUAUGUCGCCCUACUAUCUAGGUCUGUGUUUACUAUCAAUGAGAUCGGCCGAUUCUCUCCAAAUCUUAGUUUUUUUUAAGUAGUACUACUUAAUACUUUCACACAGCUAAACUUUGCCUGCUGCGGACCGAUAAGAACAACAACAACCUGUGGUUCAGUUCUAAAAAUAUGUUGUGUUCUGUAAAGUGUUUUUGUCAAUGAUCCAAGAUAUGCAGCGACAGAUGUCAGCCCAACUGCUAAUUUAAUUGGCAGCGGCUUCCAAGAGGAAAGCAAACUGUCUUUUUCCAAAGAUUUAACUGUGAGGUUUUUUCUGGGUCUGUCUUGCCUGAAAAUCACAGACCUUUUUUUUUUUUUUUUUGCAGCAAUGAGCAGAUUCCCAUAAACGGAACAGAAAUAAUGUUACCCUCCUGACUGCUUUUGAGUCUACUGAAUUGUCACUGUUCCAGGGAGAAUACACUACAUACUCAAUACCUGCAAGGAAGUACGAGUUUGAAAUGGGACGUAGCCACGGCCUUCAUUAGCAGGGGGGGGAUUACUCUGUUGCCUUGACGAUGGCCCAUCACGUGAGGAAGGGCUCUGGCUACUGGACCAUGAGUUGAGAGUUAUUUGGUCUAACUGUUAUUUCUAAGGUUAAUCACGAACCGUCACGCUCGAUUAUCUUGUAUUUUGAUGGAAGAAUGGUGGUCCAAAAAUUCCCAGCAGGUUUCCAGUAUUUCUUCACAUUUAAAAAAAAGAAGAAAAAAAGUGUCUUUUGAAUUGCUCUCAAAAGCCUCAAAGCACUAAUGAUGAAUGAAUUGUAUAUAGUCGCUGGUGUUUGUGUUCCGCGUUUCCCAAGUGCUUCCCAUGAUGACACUUCAGUCAUCGCCGUGUGAGAUCGGUCCAGUGAUACCGACUCGUGGUCUAUAUUUUAUGGCGGACACGUGGUUUAUCAGGUACCCGCGGUGUGCGGGUAACUCGUUAACAUGUUAGUUCUCUGUUUUAAUGCAACGUACCAACACGUGGUUCAUGUUGGUUUAAUGGCUGAAAACCAGGGUUUUGGUGGGAAUUAAAGUGUUUCCACUCUGUCUCGGCUCACGUGGAUCUACAGAGCAAAAAGCUGAGAUGUGUUGGGGAAAUCCCACCAUGACGUACUGUUUAUGGGAAUGGGAAGUUGCAGCUCAAAUUUAAGUUCAUGAGUUUCAGAGCAGUUGUAUUUUUAUAUUUUCUGUUGGGUUUUAUAGAGGUGUUAACAUUUGUAUUUAAUUUUUUUAAAGCCUCCCUGUUGCUUCUUGUUUGUACUUUGUCGUAGUGCCCCAGAUCUUUAAUCGACGUCUAUUUAUAGAAAUAUUUUAGAUAUUCGAAAACAAAUCCACAUCUAUAUAUUUGUAAAAGAGUUUCUGGUAACGACAGUAAAAGAAGAUGACGAUUAUAUUGCCGGUGACCGUUAGUUGUGUCUGACCCAGACUGUGUUGAGGGUCGCGGUGUGUUCACUGUCACUGAAAAUGGAUUUCCCAUCAAAACAACUGAACACUUGCUGUAUACAAAAGAAAUGACUUAUAUCCAAGCUUUUAUUAAAUGAAUGAAGUUGGUUGUCGUUUUAUUUGUAAAUCAAAAUGCAGCUUUGGAAUUGGAGGGAAAGUGUUUGUAGUGCAUUUGUUGACUGUUUUCUGUGUACAGAUCAUUGAUACCAGACACAAAAUGUUUGUGUUAUUGGAGCAGAGCGAAUAUGUCUAGUCAGUGUGUUUUUUUUGAAAGAAAAGUUUCAAUUAUAUAGUUUGUGCUUCAUUCUUUACCCGAUGCAUCUUUAAUUGCCCUUUUUAUUCCUCAAACACUGCCGAGUGCUGUCUGCUGCCACGCUAUAAUCUGGGGAAAUGUGCGACCCCUGUGCUUUCAAAGAUGUCGGACUCCUUCACACUGACUGCUCUUGUGUGUCUUCACCAACGUGUUGCGGGUCAGCCAGUCCACUGCCGGUGGUCCACGCUGAAACGUCUCAACACAUGUUGGAUGAAGAGGGCCGAUUCUACUGACUAGCGCCUCCAGCAGGUUGACGUUUAGGGCUUUUCUUGAAAUGGCUCGUCGAAUAUUGCGAUCGAUUGCCAUCAGAUGUGUUACAAAUAUUCAUAUUUUUGUGUGAUUGAACCAGAAUCCUUCUUCUGCAACAAUAAAGGGAAAGAGGAUCUUGA